AGUUACGACGUUAUUGGAGCGAAUAUAUUAAACGAGUUCGUAUUACAUCAUUUAUUAGUGAUAUUGAAAAACAGUAUUAUGAGUUAUCUGCACUUUCAAAUGCAUGGAAUAAUCUUAUCGAAUCUUUGGUUGAUUAUUUACCAGUCAAAAUGUCCAAUUCAUCCUCGUUAUCUCCACUACACCAUUCUAGUCAAUCAUCUUCAGAUAGUAAUAGUAGUAAUAAGGUGACUAAUACUUUAGGCUAUUCACCAUCACAUUGUAUCAUACAUUCUGCAUUAAAAGACGAAUGUGAUGAGGCGAAUUCAUCAUUGAGUAAAACUAUGUUAGAAGAUUUGGAGUCAUUAUCAUGUCGGAUACUAGAAGCUGAAACUACUGGUGGUCGCCUGCUGCCACGAUUGGAAGAGUUGGCUAAAAUUACAAAUACACUGGAAUCUUUUAUUGUGUGUAAACAAGAGAUAUCUGAUGGUAAUGAUCUGAAGCAUAAUCACGAAGCUUCAUUCCUCUGUGAUGUAAGCGGAUUGUUAAGUGCUGAUUUAAUACCAAAUAAUAUUUGCUCAGAGAUGCCAACAACACUGUCAAUAAAUACCAGUCAUCAGUACACUGAUCUCAAUCAUAAUUCUAGUUUAUCCUUAUGCUCGAGAGAAGAGGAAAUGAGUGAACCAGCAUCGUCUAACCCGGAUUCAUUGCAUGACACUGAUUACACAUUAAAUACAAAACUUGAUGAAUGCAUGAAACAGCGUUUUCCAUCAGUAAGAUUUCCUUCCACUAUCAAAGAAUGGUCUAUAUUAUUUAAAAGUAUGAUUGAAUUAGCUAGUACAGAUCUACCGAAGGCAGCUGAUCAAAUCAAUCGGUUAUUACAACUUUAUACAGAAAUUGAUAAUGCUGCAUCAUGGAUUAAAGAAGGACGUCAUUUAUUAGAGACAGUGACGCCACCAGAGAAACUCACCGGUAUGGAUUUAGCAGAGUGUCGAACACAUAUGGAUGAAUUGGUUGCAUUUACUACUUCACGUCAAACAAGAUUAGAAUUACUUGGAAAUCCGAAAUUAUUUCAUACACGAUUAACUGGAUUACUGGAUGCUGAUUUAAAGACUCAACUAAGUAAAUUAUUAAAACAAGUGGAGGAUUUAGCUCAAAAUUGUAAUCUUGCUAUUGCUUCAAUUCGUCAACACAUAUCACGUACAAGUUUUCCAAGAAAUCAUCCUAAUUCACAAUCUUUUGCCAGUAGUAAUAAUAGUACUAUAACUAGUCCUGAAAGAAAUUCACCUGUUCAAGAAGCUAAUGAAUCAGGUCGAUUAUCAUCAUCAUCUUCAGAGGGACUUAACAAUAACAAGGUAAACAGUUCAGGUCAGUGUAUAAACUCAGCCUCAUUAUGUCAGCUACCAAGACUGGGGUCAUCAAAUUCAUUAUCAACUCCGGCUAAACGUUAUCAAUUAGCCUGGAAAGAAUUGGUAGAUACAGAGAAAUCUUAUGUCAAUUUCUUACAGCAUGUGUACGAUGUGGUCUGGUUAAAUUCCGUGGAUAAUGAUGUCAAUUGUGAGUCAGGAUAUCGUUCUUAUCCCCAGCCAACAUUUAUGCGUGAUAAUCAAAAUCGUCUGCUUUGUAACUGGCCAGAGAUACUUCGUUUUCAUAAAGAUUCUUUACUACCACAUUUGGAGGCGUGUGAUGGCAAUGCAGAAAAAAUUAAAGCUUGGGUAUUUCUUAUGGUCCCACGUCUUGUCGACUUAUAUACUGUUUAUUGUUCACUUCAUGAAUGUGCAGUUCAAUUGAGUGUUACACUUGAAAAAGAUCGUGUUUACUCCCCUUGGAUAACAGCAUGCAAUGAAGAGAUAUAUCGUAGAGAAAUGUUGACAGCUAAAAUGAACAAUCAAGAUGCAGUACAAUCAUCGAAUGAAUUAACUCGGCCAUUGUUAUUAUUCAGUUCUCGUCUUGUUACACCUGUACAACGUUUUCAACGUUAUCAUUUAUUGUUAGAUAGACUUGUGAAACAUGAAACAAAUGAAUGUGAUCGCGCUGAUCUACAAAUUGCACAUAAAACCGCUUCAGAAUUAUGUGAAACAGUGAAUGUUGCUAUGCAACUUCGGGGAUUAUCAGUUCGUCCAUCUGAAUUAGGCCAAUUUUUAUUGGAAGGUGAUUUCACUGUAUCACGUGAUGAUGUCCGAUUCAUGUCUAGUAAACAACGUCAUGUCUUUUUGUUUACUAAUGCUAUCCUCCUAACUAAAUAUCGUACAUCAGCCAGUUCACCUAUACCAAUGUUAACUUAUUCAAAUUCAACAACUGCUCAUUUAUCAAAAGAUUAUUCUCUUGAUUCUUAUGAAAAGUCAACAAUCAAUGCUUAUAAUACACAGAAUCAAUCGAACAAUUCAACAAUGGGUGGUACAGCAUCAAAUUUAUUAGCAUUCACUAAGUCAUUUACCUCAAACAGUGGGAAUAAUAGUAAUAACAAUAGUAGCAUAAGUAAUAAUCUAGUGUCGAAUUCAACAGCAGUACACACUAAUGGUCCAUUUUAUGAAAUUAAACAAGAACUAGAGCUUUCUAAAAUUGGACUAACUCCACAUUUUCAUGGAGAUCGUCGACGAUUCGCUGUGUGGACAGCUAAGCGUGCAGUCACUUUUAUAUUUCAAUCCUCUGAUCCGUCUACUAGAGAUACAUGGGUUAAAGUUAUUAAUGAAUUAUUAAUGAUGCAAUUACUUCGUGAUCGAUAUAAAGUUCUUAAUAAUAGUAAUAAUAAUAAUAAUAAUAGUAAUAAUCAAGUUAUACAAAGUACAAAAUUACAAUCUGUUGAACAGACACACUUCACUUCAGAUGCAUCAGAUCGUAGUAAAAGUCUGCCAGUUGGUGGAAAAUCCUUAUCACAAGAAAAUCGAUCGAAAAAAGGAUCCGUUGUAUCAUUACCGUCUGCAGUAGUUGAUCGAAAUUCAGAUAACUCUCAUCCUAAUCGAUAAAUAUCACUGAUUACUAAUCUCUGUAAAAAUCUAUUUUUCAUAUGUUUUCUCCACUCAGCUGAUUCAUUCUCUUUUUGUCUGUGUAUACAUCCGU